AUGUUCAACCCCCACACGCUGGACUCCCCGGCCGUGAUCUUCGACAACGGGUCUGGGCUCUGCAAAGCAGGGCUGUCUGGGGAGAUCGGACCCCGCCACGUCAUCAGCUCCGUCGUGGGGCUCCCGAAAUUCAAGUUGCCCCUGGCGGGGGCCCACCCGAAGCAGUACCUGGUGGGGGAGGACGCCCUGCACAGGCGCGAGGCGCUGCACCUGCGCCACCCCAUCGAGCGCGGCCUCGUCACCAGCUGGGACGACGCGGAGAAGCUCUGGAAGCACCUGUUCGAGUGGGAGCUGGGCGUGAAGGCCAGCGACCGGCCGGUGCUCAUGACCGAGCCCUCCCUGAACCCCAGGGCGGCCCGGGAGAAGAUGGCCGAGGUGAUGUUCGAGAGCUUCGGCGUGCCGGCCUUCUACCUGUCAGACCAGGCCGUGCUGGCCCUCUACGCCUCGGCCUGCGUCACGGGCCUGGUGGUGGACAGUGGGGACGGCGUCACCUGCACCGUCCCCAUCUUCGAGGGCUACUCCCUGCCCCAUGCGGUCACCAAGCUCUACAUGGCGGGCAGGGACAUCACGGAGCACCUGAGCCGGCUGAUCCUGGCCAGCGGGCGGACCUUCUCGUGCGCGCUGGACAAGGCCCUGGUGGACGACAUCAAGGAGAAGCUGUGCUACGUGGCGCUCGAGCCCGAGAAGGAGCUGUCCCGCAGGCCCGAGGAGCUGCUCAGGGAGCACAGGCUGCCCGACGGCAGCGUCGUCCACCUCGGGGACCAGCUCUACCAGGCGCCCGAGGCCCUGUUCUCGCCUGACCAGCUGGGCAUCCAGAGCCCCGGCCUCCCCAAGAUGGUCUCCUGCAGCAUCACCAAGUGCGACGCCGACAUCCAGAAGACGCUCUUUGGGGAGAUCGUGCUGUCGGGGGGCACCACUCUGUUCCCAGGGCUGGACGACCGGCUGCUGAAGGAGCUGGAGCACCUGGCGGCCAAGGGGACCCCCAUCAAGAUCACCGCCCCCCCCGACCGGUGGUUCUCCACCUGGAUCGGGGCCUCCAUCGUCACCUCCCUGAGCAGCUUCAAGCAGAUGUGGGUCACCUCCGCGGACUUCAAGGAGUUUGGCGCCUCCGUGGUUCAGAGAAGGUGCUUCUGA